GCAAGAGAGCACUGGCCCUCCACGCAGCACAUCACUGCUUCGCUCUCAGGGCUUGGUGGCCCCGUGUGAACCAAGGGACAACUUUUAACCGCACCAGUGGGAGCGCGCUUGCUGGGACCUCAGCUUGCCUCAGCUCUCCGGAGUCCGGUGGAGGGGGUGGGGGAGCUUCUUGAUCACCAGUCACAAAGCCUGCGGACCUGGAAAAGAGGGACUUGAGUGGUGCAAAGUUUGAGAGCUUAAGCGCAGGGGAGGACAGAGGAGCAACCAAAGCCGGGGGAAACAAGAAAAAAGAAAGGAAGAAAAAGAAAAAGAAGAAGUAGCUGGGGGAGAACCCAGGAGCGGUUAAGAGGGAGGAUUCCAUCACCGCGGAAAAUCGGGCGAAAGAGCAAAGGUGUUGCACACCAAGAGAAGCCGGCGGGGCGAUCUGCAGGGCUGGGUCUAACAGCACCUUGGGUCACGCCUCCUUGGCGAGAAGGCGUCUGGCCUUUGAUUGCUUCCAGGGACUGCAGAACUUCCUGCCCGCCAGAGGAGCGGGUCUCACCGGGGUCGCGCUUGCUCCAGGCUUAAGGCUUAAGACCGAGUUCUAAAGAGUCCUGAGUGUCUGAUCCAGGAAGGGUUGGGGGAACUGUGUCUGUGAGGAGCCCACCAGCCCCAUCGUGAGGGGCCGAGUCUCGGCGUCCUCACUCUCCUGGCUUUCACAUCUUUCAGGGCUCCACCCAACUCCGGGAACCCCUCACCCGGAGAUGGCCGCGCUGAUGCGGGUCAAGGAUUCAUCCCGCUGCCUUCUCCUACUGGCCGCGGUGCUGAUGGUGGAGAGUUCACAGCUAAGCAGCUCGCGGGCCAAACUCAACUCCAUCAAGUCCUCUCUAGGUGGGGAGACGCCUGCUCAGGCUGCCAAUCGAUCUGCGGGCAUGAACCAAGGACUGGCUUUCGGCGGCAGUAAGAAGGGCAAAAGUCUGGGGCAGGCCUACCCUUGCAGCAGCGAUAAGGAAUGCGAAGUUGGAAGAUACUGCCACAGUCCCCACCAAGGAUCUUCAGCCUGCAUGGUCUGUCGGAGGAAAAAGAAGCGAUGCCAUAGAGAUGGGAUGUGUUGCCCUGGUACCCGCUGUAAUAAUGGCAUCUGCAUUCCAGUCACUGAGAGCAUCCUGACCCCACAUAUCCCGGCUCUGGAUGGCACUCGGCAUAGGGAUCGCAACCAUGGUCACUAUUCCAACCAUGACCUGGGAUGGCAGAAUCUAGGAAGGCCACACUCCAAGAUGCCUCAUAUAAAGGGACAUGAAGGAGACCCCUGUCUGCGGUCAUCAGACUGCAUUGAUGGGUUUUGUUGUGCUCGCCACUUCUGGACCAAAAUCUGCAAACCAGUGCUCCAUCAGGGGGAAGUCUGUACCAAACAACGCAAGAAGGGUUCACAUGGGCUGGAGAUUUUCCAGAGGUGUGACUGUGCAAAGGGCCUGUCCUGCAAAGUGUGGAAGGAUGCUACCUACUCUUCCAAAGCCAGACUCCAUGUGUGCCAGAAGAUCUGAUAAACACUGGAAGAGUCAUCACGAGCAGACUGUGAAUUUGUGUAUUUAAUGCAUUAUGGUGUGAUGGAAAACCCGGAUUGGAAUGGGGAAGAAUGAGGAAUGUGGUAAGAAUGUGGAGCAGAAGAGGGCAGGACUGAAAUAAGUAGAGACAGUGACAGCCAAAGCACUACCAGUGUUUCCAUUGUGCACCUCGUCUGUGUAAAUAAUGUACACAUUUGUGAAAAUGCUAUUAUUAAAAGAAAGCACACCGUGGAAAUUACUGAUGAAUACCAUGUGAUUUUCCAAGAGUUUGACUUGAGCUGGAGGGGACAUGUCCUUCAGAUUGGCAAUGGCUAUAAAAUAACUUAAAGCCACAUUUCUACUCAAAGCUAUAGUUUAAUAAAUUACUCUCACUCUCCCUUGACAAAAGAGAGUCUCUAAAACAUGGGGAAAGCUGAUGAACAGGCAAUGAAAACAUUCAGCAUCAUUAAUCACAUCUCAAAAAAAAAAUCACCUUUUAAUUGGGAAACUGUUCUUUUGAUUUUUCUCAAAUAAAGGCCUUGGUAGACCAGAGGAAAAGGCAGUCAGUAUUUUCCAGAUCACUUCAAGAUACUGAGAUGUCAUUUAGACAUUAGAAAACGGUAAACAACCAGUAGUCAUGGUCAAGUGGUUAAGGCAAUGGACUAGAAAAGGGUAAAUGUGUCUCUUUAGACCACUCAUUUCUAUUUCAAAAACUUAAUUUCACCUGAAUUGCUAAAGACAGAUGUAAGACAAAAGCAGACUCUGCAUCGUGAAGGAAUGGCAUUGCCAGUAUGAUGUCCACUCAAGCUGGAGCCGUUAAUCAUGUCUAGGGCAAUACAAGCACAGCGCAGAAUUUUCAGAUUGCAAAACCAUUAAAGAUGUCUGACCCAUGAGGGGAACGGAAUCAUGGAGUGAGCACUGCUUGCCACUACUUUGACAUUCGAUAGACUCAUAAGUACAUUUGCCCUCGCACAGCUGGAGAUCAGUAGGGUGAUGGAUGCUGGCACUAGAGGCCUGAGUGAAAUCUGGAGUAUGGUGGAGCACAGCAGGGAAGUAGAGGGAAGCUUGUCAUCUGUCCAGGCUUUAAGGUCACAUGUCUGAAGUGCAGGCUGGAUUGUCAUGAUGGCCAUCAGAGGCUCCAGAAGCAAAGUUGAAGCUCUCCAUGAGAUUUGCUCUCAGGCAGGUGAGUUCGGUGCAAUGCUGCUUGCCCUCCUCUGCCUCAAAAUGUUUCACGGUUUUGAGGCUGUAAAAUAAUCUCAGUAUGAGGGGAUCUUACAGAGUGGGUUCCCUUAUGCCAGGUGAUAGGAGAGGAACCCAUCUUCUCCCUAAGCCUUAGAAUGAUGAUGUCAUCAGAAGGUAGUGUCCUAACCUCUUGAUGGAGUGGGUAUUUCAUUACCAAAGAUAUAGUCCCUAUUUUCUGAAACUAUUGAAAAUUAGAAGGUAAUAACAUAUCUCUAAUCUGUAGAAAUGCCCUGAAACCAUUUCACUAUUUUCUGAUUAAACAUAUUUCUGAACACUAUAUCUGGAGCAUAAAGGACAAAAGUAAAAAGCAAAAGAAAGAAAG